AUGUCGACUCCCGUGAAUGAGCUCCGGGCGCUGCGCAAGGAGGAGCUUGUGCAACGGGUGCUGGCAUUGCAGGUAGAGAAUGCCAGUCUGCGUCGAGAGAUGGAGCAGAUCCGUCGGCGCACGUCUCGCACCAAAAACUUAGACGCCCACGGCCUUUCGUCGCUUCGGCAAGACUCGGGGGAGCUGCACGGCUGCAGUAGCCCCACAGCGGGCGGCGUUGCAUCUCCAAGCGGGAAGGGGAACACGUACACGCUGUCGUUCUCCGUGAUGCUGAUUGAAAAUGGCACCGCCGUCUCGGUGCCGCUUUUCUCCAUCAUAGAUAAAAGUUACAUGCGACCCGACGUCCGCGAUGCCGACACGCCUGUGGUGGCCUCAUCGUUGAUGCGGGACGACUACGAUUCGGAGUCGCUUCCCCGUCACUCGUUGGAUAGCCUGCACCUGGGAUGUUGUUCACCCCGUGAUAGCGUUGAGGAGCCGCUUGGUAGGGGCACUGAGCUCCGAGGAUUUGGUGGGACGUGUGCCGCGACGUCGGUGGCUACUGGUGGGGCAGGCGCGGGUGGCCGGUCGUCCAUCUCCUUUGAAUUUGUUCCCUCCGACGACGCCAAUGAGCCUGCGCCGCAGGACCCCGCGUCGAGCCAGCUGCCCCUUACCUCGCAGCAGCAGGAGCAGAGUCCACACGGGCAGGAGGUGCGUCGUCGAAGUAUUCGCCACGAACUUCGUCGCCUGAGUUUAGGACGCGUGUUGAAUAAACGCUCGGUUUCGUUGGAUCCGGAUGCACUUGUGUCAUGCCAGACGCUGCGCACCUUUCACUGGCAGAUGCUGGAGGGGGUGCGAGGGUUAUCCCCGCUCUCCUCGCACGGCAACGCUAUCUACCACUACAUUGUAAAGAACUUUGCGGUUCGCAAUGGAUGUCGGCACAGCCCUGGCGACGUUGAGGGCUUUGGCCGCACAUUGUGCAGUCUCUGCGGGGAGGUGAAGGCCAUCCUACAAAGCGAACCCCGACACGGCAGCGCGGUAUCCCCGUGCUACGUCUUUGGCGACCUGCAUGGUAACUUUUUGGAUCUUUUCUACUUCCUUGACAAUCUCAUCUCGUUUCAGGAUCUGCGCUACGCCCCGCAUCGCUUUCUCUUCCUUGGCGAUUACGUGGAUCGCGGGGACUUUAGCGUGGAGGUGGUGGCGUAUCUCUUUGCCAUGAAGGUGCUGGCCCCGGAGAAGGUGCUGCUGUUGCGCGGCAACCACGAGGACACGCUCGUCAGCGGCGACAUUGCCAGCUACGGCGACACCAGCUUCCUAGCACAGUGCCGCAACCUCUUUGGCCACGCCCUCGGUGAGGAGCUGUGGCACCGUGCAAGUGAGACCUUUGCCUAUCUUCCUCUCACAGCGAAUAUUGACGGACGCAUUUUCUGCACCCACGGCGGCAUCCCACGUUACCGCGGCGGCGUGGACGACAGGCUGCAGAUAUUAUGUCGUGAGGACUUUCCCGCGCUUGAGUCGUUCUUCAAUGUCCCAGAGGACGAGAGCCCGCAGGCGCGCAUGUAUCGGCAGAUGGCCAUCGACACCUGUUGGGCCGACCCCGCCGAGGAAGAGAGCGCGCUUGACAAGUGGGGCUUUGGCGCCAACCCGCGGGGCUCUGGUGUUAUCCUCUUCGGCUCAGUCGCUGUAGAUCAGUUCCUUAUGAACUACAACUAUGAGUACAUCUUCCGUGCCCACCAGGAGAAGUCAGAUGGGCUGAAGCUCAGCAAGAGUGCACGGGUCUUUACUAUCUUCAGCACCAGCGCGUAUGUGGGGCAUGAAAACGGUGCCGGGGUUGUGCUCGUUGCGGAUAGAAAGAUUCGACUGAUCAUAAAAAAUGCUGACACCUGCGCUCAGACGGCCGACGACGACGAGGAGGACGAGGAACGGGAAGGCGAUGGUGAGGCUGAUAUGGCCGUGAGACGGUAA